GAUUGUUGAGAUCUACAGCCGUCGACUACAAGUUCAGGAGAGGUUGACCAAACAGAUUGCUGUGGCGAUCACCGAGGCCCUGCAGCCCACCGGCGUCGGCGUGGUCAUCGAGGCAACUCACAUGUGCAUGGUGAUGCGAGGCGUUCAGAAGAUGAACAGUAAAACCGUCACCAGCACCAUGUUGGGAGUUUUCAGGGAAGAUCCAAAAACCCGAGACGAGUUUCUGACGCUGAUCAGGAGCUGAGGAGGAAGAAGCACCUCCUCUUCAUUCUCCUGUUGCCUGAAGUUACCUCCACCUGUGUGUAUGUGUGUGCGUGCAUGUGUGCGAGCGUGUGCAUGUGUGUAGUGUGUGUUUCCCUCUCACCAAAGGCAGUGACAGAGUGUGUACUGUGUUUUCAGUCUGAGUUUUGUUUGAGGCCGUGCGCCGACAUGUUUACUUACCGACGGGACAGACUUUACCCCCUGUUGUCCACGUGUGUUGUGGGUGCUCAUCAAUCAAAUAUCAGUCUUUGGCCUUGAAAUAGAGACGGUGAGUUUAACGGAAAGAAUCCACCCUGAAAAAUAUAAUCACUUGUUAUACUAUUAUUAAAAAGAUUAAAAUCAACUGUUGCAUUUCUAGAUGACAUGCUUUCUAGUUUAAAGGUCCUUUACAAAGAGCAUGUCACAAAUAAAGAAGACAAAAAUGUGUUUAACGUUUACAGUAAUACUUAAAUAAUAGUUUUUGAGCUCAGUGAUGUUUUAGAUCAACACAGAACAGUGAGAGCUCUUUUAAACAAAACUGUAAAUCCAAGAUUCUUGCAAAUAAUUGGAGGCAUAUUCACAAAACAUCAUGAGGCUAAAAGUAACUCCUAACUGUUAUAGUGUGCAAAAACCAAAAAUAAACUAAGAUUUGAUGGCCGUAUCAGUGAGUCCACAAAGCAUUUUAGUGCGAAAACCAGCUAAUGUGUCUCAUCGCAUUCGUGUUUUCAGAAAAACAAUAAAAGAGAAGCCCAUUUUAACAGAGCGAGAGUUAAUGCGCUUCAUCCAAAUAAUUCAAUAACACUGGGAAAUAUGGUUUUCACAACUCUCCAGUAAUGCAACUUUGGAAAAAAUGCAGUUUGCAACCUUGAUGAACUUGGAUAUUUCUCCAAACUAAGACACAACUUUGCUUUACAACUCAUCAAGUUAAUAAAUAAAGCCAAUUGUUUGAUUACCCGAUAAAAUGGUGCUAUAUGUACAAUUAGCCGAUUAUGGGAUACAGAUUUUGGAAAAAGAUUCUACGUGCAGAUGGCGUUUGAUGCCAGAUACAAUAAAAUACUCGACAAGUCACAGAGCGGUCACCUGUCAGCCAAUCACAGAGGACAUAGUGAGUGAGAUCAUUCAUGAAACAUGGUGUCAGCCGGAGUAACUCUCAGCAGCUUUCUGAAAAGCUCUUAAGAAGAGGGUCUCAAGAACUUUUAACGUGUUGGUGAGAUCAGAUACUUAUUUUAUGUCAAAUAUCUUUAGGUUUUUGACUGUUGGUUGGACAGAACAAGCUAUUUGAAGACGUCACUUUGGGCUCUGGGCGACAUGGGUGACAUUUUAUAGACUAAACAACUAAUUGAAGAAUUAGAAAGAUUAGGAGGAGAAUGAAGAAGGAUUAUUCAAUAGAGAAAAUAAAAUCCCUUUGUUUUAAAUCUUUUCACUUGCAUUUGAUUAUAUUGUUGUGAUGAACGGCACUUUAACACUCUGUCACAUCUCAGAAACCUCAGUCCUUGUUAUUCAGGACUGUUUGGUUGCUGAGAUUAUCAGUUGAUUUAAAACCAGAACUGAAAUCAUGAAGUUUGUAUUAUAAAAACAAACAAAAAGAGCCAUUUAAAUAUGAAACAUCAUGAAAUGUUUGGUGCAAAACCAAACAUGGGCAGACUGCAGUAAAUCCACUGCUUCUGAAAAUGACACUAUUAUUCUCAUUUUUACAUUAAAAUCUUGUUAAUAUUAUGGUCCUGUGGAAGGAUCUGCCUGUAUGUGCCAAAACAAAAACAAAAAAAAAGACCUCGGUGCUGCAGGCUCACCGCUGUCUGAAAACAAACUCAAUAUUUUAAUUAACUUGAGAGGCUAAUUAAAUGUGUGUGUGUCAGUGUGUGUUCUUUACACUUUUCAUCCCAGCAGAUGAACCGUGUGGAGACUAAUGUGUGUGUGUUGUUCAGUGACUUUGUGUUUACUCGUGUAGCAUAUUUUUGCAUCUUAAAGCGUUUUAACGUUGCCAGACAGACUUUGGGAGGUUGUGUAAUGUCGUGACAGAAGUUGUGUGUGUGCGUGUGUGUGUGUUUGUUUGUUGGGAGGAAGAUGAACGCUAACAAACGGCUCUGAUGUUGUUUAUGUGGCCUUGUUGAGAAGGACGGCCUGUUCUUCACCAUCAUUGUCACUUUAUGUAUGUGUUAAUUAAAAAAACUUUUUAAUCAAAGAAAAUAAAUCUCAAUGUGACGCCGA